AUGGAAAUUCUACAUGUUACUGGUCAACCUUUCAAUGACAACACUAUUGAAGAGUAUCAAUUUCACACAUAUCAACCAUACAUCCCUGGAAAGUUAGGUUAUAAUGAUGAAAUACGUAUUCCAAUUCAAGAUUUAGAUGCAUACACAUAUCCGGCAAAUAGUUAUCUCUAUAUCGAAGGUCAACUUCUUACCCACGAUAAUAAAGUCCCAACAAAACUAAAAUUUAUUAAUAAUGCUAUAGCUUACUUGUUUCGUGAAAUACGUUUUGAAUUAAAUGGGGUAGUAAUUGAUUCAGUACGUGAUGUAGGCUUAGUAUCAAGUAUUAAAAACUACCUUAGUCUUAACGAAAACCAAAGCCUGCAAUUGGAAAACUCGGGAUGGUUUCCAAAAAGAGGUAGACUGGAAACUAAUAAUGAAGUCCCCAAAGACAGUGUGUUGGUGGAUUCAAAUGGAAACUUUAACGUAUGUAUACCUCUACGAGUGCUAUCAGGUUUCUUCGAAGAUUUUACGAGAAUCAUAAUGAAUUUAAAAAUGGAAUUAAUACUUAUUAGAUCAAAUGAUGAUAUUGAUGCUGUAGUAAGCGAAGAUGAAAGCGAACGACCGAAGAUUGAUAUUAAUAAAUUAUAUUGGGAGGUUCCACAUGUAACACCAAGUAUACAAGAACAGUUACGGCUUAAUAAGAUUUCACAUACAAAUCAAGAACUUCCUAUUAAAUUUCGCUCAUGGCAAAUGAUUGAAUAUCCUGCUCUAAACAACUCUACCCGCCAUACAUGGUCUGUGCGCACUAGUACGAAAAUAGAAACACCUCGUCACAUCAUUGUUGCUUUCCAAAAUAACAGAAAAUCGAAAUUAACAAAAGAUAUGAGUAAAUUUGAUCAUUGCAAUUUAAAAAAUAUUAAAGUGUUUUUAAAUUCUGAAAGAUAUCCUUAUAAUGACCUACAAAUAGAUUUUAAAACAAAUAGAUUUGCGAAACUUUAUGAAAUGUUUGCUAAUUUUCAAGAAAGUUAUUAUCACAUGGUGCUGAAUCAACCUAUAUUUAAUCCACAUGACUUUAAAAUGAUUACCCCGCUUAUACAUAUUGACUGCUCUCGUCAAAAAGAAAUCAUUCAAUCGGGUUGUGUUACGUAUAGAAUUUGA